GAUUGAAAAGCUUCAUUUUCUACAUGACUUCACUGUAGGAGACACAGACCGUGGUUGACUUCACUGUAGGAGACACAGACCGUGGUUUGUGACGAUGAGGUCAUGGCCAUCCACAUAUAAGUGCAUCUUUCACUAUGAAUCCUGAAUUGUAGUAUGAACAUCUAAAAAUACUUCUUGGGCAUGAAUGUCAGUGUGUACUGACAUUUGUCCUGAAGAUCCUGUUCACAUAAUGUAUACAAUGAAGAAUUUGCUCUAGUCCCAGGCAAGCAGUUCCAAGCCAUGGAUCUGGAACCUCCAACAUCAUUCAACUUAACGGACUCCUGGAUCUUUUCAACAUUUCCACCAGAGGACCUUGCCACUGAUAUGCCUUUAAAUUCAUCCCAGAAUGUAACUGCACCAGAUUUUGACAUGAUAAGCAAUGCCAUCCUCACUUUCAUUUAUUUUGUGGUUUGUAUAAUAGGACUGACUGGGAACACCUUGGUGAUUUACGUCAUCCUUCGAUAUGCCAAGAUGAAGACAAUUACCAAUAUUUAUAUCCUGAACUUGGCUAUUGCAGAUGAGCUCUUUAUGCUUGGCUUGCCCUUCUUAGCCAUACAGGUAGCACUGGUCCACUGGCCCUUUGGAAAGGCUAUAUGCAGGAUUGUGAUGACAGUUGAUGGAAUAAAUCAGUUCACUAGCAUCUUCUGUUUGACUGUGAUGAGCAUAGACAGAUACAUGGCAGUAGUACAUCCAAUCAAAUCUGCCAAGUGGAGGAAGCCAAGCACAGCAAAGAUAGUUAAUGGAGCAGUCUGGGUCAUUUCACUUUUGGUCAUCAUGCCUAUCAUGAUAUAUGCUGGAGUCCAGAUCCGUCAUGGCCGCAGCAGCUGUACAAUAAUCUGGCCAGGUGAUUCAGGUGCCUGGUAUACUGCUUUUGUCAUUUAUACAUUCACUCUGGGCUUUUUAGUGCCACUCACUGUUAUCUGCCUUUGUUAUCUCCUCAUCAUAAUAAAAGUGAAAUCUUCUGGAAUUAGAGUUGGUUCUUCUAAGAGGAAGAAGUCUGAGAAAAAGGUCACCAGGAUGGUUUCUAUAGUUGUGACAGUUUUUAUAAUCUGUUGGCUACCAUUCUAUUUUUUUAAUGUCAUUGCAGUCUCUAUUAGCAUAUCACCCACCCCUGUUUUGAAGGGCAUGUAUGACUUUGUAGUGAUCCUUACCUAUGCGAACAGCUGUGCCAACCCUAUCCUCUAUGCCUUUUUGUCAGACAACUUUAGAAAGAGUUUUCAGAAUGUGCUCUGUUUAGUGAAAGUUAGUGGCCUUGAUGAUGUGGACCGCAGUGACAGCAGACAAGAUAAGUCUAGAAUGCAUGAUGUUACAGAGACACAGAGGACACUUCUAAAUGGAGAUCUCCAAACUAGUAUAUGACAAGAACAGUCCACUGCUUUCAGAAGUCAGCAUUGCUGUCAUCCCAGAAGUGUUGAUGUUAAAUAUAACUCUCUCGCUGUUUCCUUUUCACUUUUACAUUCGGUGGUUUACAGUUUUUUGUCAAUGCCAAUGCAACACACAUUUCAUUGUCUGUUUCAAGUGAUCAUUGCAUAAUUAUUGUUACUAGACUCCAGAAUGGAAAACUUAAACAUUUUAAUAAGUUCCAACAUGCUUUAUAUCAUUCCUGUUUGAAAACAAGACAUUGAUAUUCAGAUGUUGAUUUUUUUAUUUUAAAAUAGUAACAUUCAUACCAUAUGCUGGCAUUCACCAAAAUCUUAAAAUUUUCACAUCUGGUAUUGAAGCACCUCAUUGCUUCUGAAAUGUAUUUGAAGUACACACUUCCAAAGAUCACAGGACCUAAAACACACAGACAUCUGUGUCCUGUUGAUUAACGACUAGAAACCAGCAAUUAUGAUGCAUUAUUUGGGGAAAAAGGGCUCUUUUAAAUGUUUUAUCAUGCAGUAACACCGACAUUCAUUAAGACACACAGCAGAUUUUUUUUUGUUGUAACCAAAGGCAGAGAUGAAUACUGUUAAAUGUCAUCUUUUUAAACAUGCUAUUUGUUUAUACCAACAAUUGUGCAUUACUCUGACAAGGUUCUGUAUUAAUAUUUGCAUAUUUGUACAUGUAAAAAAUUGUAAUAUGGCAAACCUUCUUUAAAAAUGAAUUCAUCUUGUAGUUCCAUUUCCAUGUCUCCAGAAGAAUCGGCCACAGUUUUUGUGCUUUAUAGUUUACAUUAAGUGGCCAAGCUAUAGUUAUGUAUGUUGAAGAGUGCCCUAGAAUAUAAUUUCAAACAUUUGUUUUUUUUUGUUUUCCUACUAUACCGUUUCAUGACAUCUUUAAAUUUUGUACUGUCAACGGAGAGCUCAUUAGUUAACAUAUUGUAAAAAUGUAGGCUUUAAGAUAAUUGUACAGAAUGUUUGCUUGUGAACAGCAGUAUAGCUGUUGUAUACGAUGUUUUACAGUUAGCCCUAUUGGCCAAGUUGCUAUGUGCUUACAUUAGCUCCAAGGUACAGGUAUUAGAUAGUUUUAUUUCAGCAGAUAUGUAAUAGGUGUUUAUUGUUUAAUGAUGUAAAUUUAUGUUAAUGGUACCUGUUGUAAAAAAAGGCUUCUCUUGACUGUGUUAUUUUGAAACUGAAUUUUAGCUUUGUACACAGAUAUGCUUUGUGAAUUGCCAGCAUUGUAAAUUGUAUUAUCCUUGUUAUGUUGUAACAUUAUUGUGACUGGUUUCUCCAUAAAAACUGUGAAAUUACCUAUAA